UUUCGAGAAUUUGGAUUAGUAUAUAAAAUAUUACAAUGACGACUCGACCUUCAUGCUUGCUAAUAUGCAGUGGUCAUACUGAAGGGGUUUCGGCACAGUCGUUUAUUAAUGCUUUUACAAUCACUAAUUCAGUUUUUGUUCUCCAAGUUGCAACUCCCCAAGGUCUUCCCAUCAAUUUUGUCAAUCAAGAUGAAGGCAGCAGAAAAUGGGUUACAGAAUUUCGUACUAAAGCUUACACUGCUCCGAUAAAAGUUGAAGCUGUUGAUCCUUCCAGGUAUUCGUCUCUUCUAAUCCCCAGCGCCCCGGGGGCAAUUCAUGAUUUGGCAAAGCAUGAUUCAGUGAUGCAUAUUCUCAGACAUUUCGUCAAGCAUCAAAAACCGAUAUGUGCAAUCGGCUUAGGUGUUGUCGCUCUUGCAGCAGCAAAAGAUGAAAUGAACUCAUGGUGUUUUAAGGAUACAGCAUGACUGGUCCUUCUGUUUUUUGAUCUGAUUGAAACAAAAGAAUUUUCUGCGCUUCCAUUCAUUUUCGAAGAGUUUGCGAGAGACAAUCUGGCUUCAUAUACAUCGAGCCAAAAAGGAUGUAUACAUACGGUCAUAGACAGACAUUUGAUAACCGCUCAGAAUGAAGAAUCAACUUUGAGCGCGGUUCAAAAUCUUCUACUAUUGAGUGGUCAAUGAUUCAUUGAUUUAAUUGAACACUACUAUUAUUUAUAUAUAUAUAGCUUAUAUAUGCAAAGAAAUAGACAUAACUAACCCUAAUCGGCGUUUCAUAUAUUUCCUUUGAUUAUUUUGAUUUUAAAAGUUAUCUAUUAUUUGGUGCCAUUCUUAUACCAAUGAUAUCCAAAAGCUAAUCCUGAUUUCAAAGUAUUCAUUUAAAAUGUUCUGAGAGAUUUGGAUAUUCAUUCGUAUUUUUCUGGAAAUUUUGCAAUAAAUGCUAUAGUUCUGUUAUCAUAAAAUCUUAUCUGCAAAUCUUUCCUUUUCACCAACACUGUUUUUAUUGGAGAUUUUCGAGUUUCGAGAAUUUUUUUUUUUUUAAGGCUUAUUUUUUAAAUCUGGUAAAUUUGAAAUUGGUCCACAAGAGAGCGACAAAAGUCGUUUAAGUCAUUUAUGGAUUCUGCAACUUGUACUGAUGUGUUGGACGUGGGAUAUUUCAUUUGCGAUAAAUUAAGCUAUUUUCUAAAUCAUGAAUUUAAGUACAUGUAUUACAAAUCUCAUAAAAUUCCUUACAUUCCCUACUUUUAAAUUGAAGAAUACACGCUCUGUUCAAUAUUAUAUAUUGUCAUGCCAUUACGCUGAUGUUCCUUUAUAAAAUCGCGUUUAUUGUUUUUCCUAAAUAUGUCUUAUUAUGCUGCUUUUAUCGGAGAUUUUUGAUUAAUCGAUGCCUAAAAAUGCUUGUUUUUUUA